AUCAGUGCCACAUCAAUGCCACAUAUCAGUGCCUACCAGUGCACAUCAAUGCCACAUAUCAGUGCCCAUCUGAGCUGCUUUUCAGUGUCACCUAUCAGUGCCAGUCAGUGCCACCUAUCAAUGCCAUGCCAGUCAGUGCCACCUAUCAGUGCCAUCAGUGCUGCCUAUCAGUGCCAGUCAGUGCCGCCUAUCAGUGCCAGUCAGUGCUGCCUAUCAGUGCCAUAUAUACGUGCUGCCAUUCAGUGCCCAUCAGUGAUGCCUGUCAAUGCCCAUCAGUGCCACCUACCAGUGCCUCCUCAU